AUGGAGGUGUCGCCACUACAGCCUGUAAACGAAAAUAUGCAAGUCAGCAAAACAAAGAAAAAUGAAGAUGCUAAAAAAAGAUUGUCUAUUGAAAGAAUCUAUCAAAAGAAAACACAACUGGAACAUAUCCUGCUCCGCCCAGACACCUACAUUGGCUCUGUGGAAUCAGUGACCCAGCAAAUGUGGGUUUACGAUGAAGAUACUGGCAUUAACUAUAGGGAAGUCACUUACGUUCCUGGUUUGUACAAAAUCUUUGAUGAGAUUCUAGUCAAUGCUGCAGACAACAAACAAAGGGACCCAAAAAUGUCUUGUAUUAGAAUCACAAUUGACCCGGAAAACAAUUUAAUUAGUAUAUGGAAUAAUGGAAAAGGUAUUCCUGUUGUCGAACACAAAGUUGAGAAGAUGUAUGUCCCAGCUCUCAUCUUUGGACAGCUCCUAACUUCUAGCAACUAUGAUGAUGAAGAAAAGAAAGUAACAGGUGGUCGAAAUGGCUAUGGAGCCAAACUGUGUAACAUAUUCAGUACCAAAUUUACUGUGGAAACAGCAAGUAGAGAAUACAAGAAAAUGUUCAAACAGACAUGGAUGGAUAACAUGGGGAAAGCUGGUGAGAUGGAACUCAAGCCCUUUAGUGGAGAAGAUUAUACAUGUAUUACCUUCCACCCUGAUUUGUCUAAGUUUAAAAUGCAAAGCCUAGACAAAGAUAUUGUUGCACUGAUGGUUAGAAGAGCAUAUGAUAUUGCUGGAUCCACUAAAGAUGUCAAGGUCUAUCUCAAUGGAAAUAGGCUUCCAGUGAAAGGAUUCCGUAGCUAUGUAGAUCUGUAUCUGAAGGACAAGGUAGAUGAAACUGGCAAUCCACUGAAAAUUAUCCAUGAACAAGUAAACCACAGGUGGGAAGUAUGUUUAACAAUGAGUGAAAAAGGCUUUCAGCAAAUUAGCUUUGUCAACAGCAUUGCUACUUCCAAGGGUGGCAGACAUGUUGAUUAUGUAGCUGAUCAGAUUGUGACUAAACUUGUUGAUGUUGUGAAGAAAAAGAACAAGGGUGGUGUUGCAGUAAAAGCACAUCAGGUAAAAAAUCACAUGUGGAUUUUUGUGAAUGCCUUAAUUGAAAACCCAACCUUCGACUCCCAGACAAAAGAGAACAUGACUUUACAAGUCAAGAGCUUUGGAUCAACAUGCCAGCUGAGUGAAAAAUUCAUCAAAGCUGCAAUUGGCUGUGGUAUUGUAGAAAGUAUACUAAAUUGGGUGAAAUUUAAGGCCCAAAUCCAGUUAAACAAGAAGUGUUCUGCUGUAAAACAUAAUAGAAUCAAAGGAAUUCCCAAACUUGAUGAUGCCAAUGAUGCAGGAGGCCGAAACUCUACUGAGUGUACACUUAUCCUGACAGAAGGAGACUCAGCUAAAACUUUAGCUGUUUCAGGCCUUGGUGUGGUUGGGAGAGACAAGUAUGGGGUUUUCCCUCUUAGAGGAAAAAUACUCAAUGUACGAGAAGCUUCUCAUAAACAGAUAAUGGAAAAUGCUGAAAUUAACAAUAUAAUCAAGAUUGUGGGUCUUCAGUACAAGAAAAACUAUGAAGAUGAAGAUUCAUUGAAGACUCUACGUUAUGGAAAGAUAAUGAUUAUGACAGAUCAGGACCAAGACGGUUCCCAUAUCAAAGGCUUGCUGAUUAAUUUUAUCCAUCAUAACUGGCCCUCUCUUCUGCGACAUCGUUUUCUGGAGGAAUUUAUCACUCCUAUUGUAAAGGUGUCUAAAAACAAGCAAGAAAUGGCAUUCUAUAGCCUUCCUGAGUUUGAAGAAUGGAAGAGUUCUACACCAAAUCAUAAAAAAUGGAAAGUCAAGUAUUACAAAGGUUUGGGUACCAGCACAUCAAAGGAAGCUAAAGAAUACUUUGCAGAUAUGAAAAGACAUCGUAUCCAAUUCAAAUAUUCCGGUCCCGAAGAUGAUGCUGCAAUCAGCCUGGCCUUUAGCAAAAAGCAGAUAGAUGAUCGAAAGGAAUGGUUAACUCAUUUCAUGGAAGAUAGAAGACAACGAAAGUUACUUGGCCUUCCUGAUGAUUAUUUGUAUGGGCAAGCUACCACAUAUCUGACAUACAAUGACUUCAUAAACAAGGAACUUAUCCUGUUCUCAAAUUCUGAUAAUGAAAGAUCUAUCCCAUCUAUGGUGGAUGGUUUGAAACCAGGUCAGAGAAAGGUUUUGUUUACAUGUUUCAAACGGAAUGACAAGCGAGAGGUGAAGGUUGCCCAGUUAGCUGGGUCAGUAGCGGAGAUGUCCUCUUAUCAUCAUGGUGAGAUGUCACUAAUGAUGACCAUUAUCAAUUUGGCUCAGAACUUUGUGGGCAGCAAUAAUCUGAACCUUUUGCAGCCCAUUGGUCAGUUUGGUACCAGGUUGCAUGGUGGCAAGGACUCUGCUAGUCCUCGAUACAUCUUCACAAUGCUCAGCCCUUUGGCUCGGUUGUUAUUUCCAGCAAAAGAUGACCAUACUUUAAAGUUUUUAUAUGAUGACAACCAGCGUGUUGAGCCUGAAUGGUACAUUCCUAUUAUACCCAUGGUGUUGAUAAAUGGCGCUGAAGGAAUUGGUACUGGGUGGUCCUGCAAAAUCCCCAACUUUGAUGUUCGUGAAGUUGUGAAUAACAUCAGACGUUUGAUGGAUGGAGAAGAACCUUUGCCAAUGCUUCCAAGUUACAAGAACUUCAAGGGUACUAUUGAGGAGCUGGCUCCAAAUCAAUAUGUGAUUAGUGGUGAAGUGGCUAUUCUUAAUUCUACAACCAUUGAAAUCUCAGAGCUUCCCAUCAGAACGUGGACCCAGACGUAUAAAGAACAGGUUCUUGAGCCCAUGUUGAAUGGCACUGAGAAGACACCCCCUCUCAUAACAGAUUAUAGGGAAUACCACACAGACACCACUGUGAAGUUUGUUGUGAAGAUGACUGAAGAAAAACUGGCAGAGGCAGAGAGAGUUGGACUACACAAAGUCUUCAAACUCCAAACUAGUCUCACAUGUAACUCUAUGGUCCUCUUUGACCAUGUAGGCUGUUUAAAGAAAUACGACACAGCUUUGGAUAUUCUAAGAGACUUCUUUGAACUCAGGCUUAAAUAUUAUGGAUUAAGAAAAGAAUGGCUUCUAGGAAUGCUUGGUGCUGAAUCUGCUAAACUGAAUAAUCAGGCUCGCUUUAUCUUAGAGAAAAUAGAUGGCAAAAUAAUCAUUGAAAAUAAGCCCAAGAAAGAGUUAAUUAAAGUUCUGAUUCAGAGAGGAUAUGAUUCGGAUCCUGUGAAGGCUUGGAAAGAAGCCCAGCAAAAGGUUCCAGAUGAAGAAGAAAAUGAAGAGAGUGACAAUGAAAAGGAAAGUGAAAAGAGUGACGCUGCAACAGAUUCUGGACCCACCUUCAACUACCUUCUUGACAUGCCUCUUUGGUAUCUAACCAAGGAAAAGAAAGAUGAACUGUGCAAACUAAGAAAUGAAAAAGAGCAAGAGCUAGAAACAUUAAAGAGAAAGAGUCCAUCAGAUUUGUGGAAAGAAGACUUGGCUGCUUUUGUUGAAGAGCUGGAGGUUGUUGAAGCAAAGGAGAAACAAGAUGAACAAAUAGGACUUCCUGGGAAAGGUGGGAAAGCAAAGGGGAAAAAAACACAAAUGGUAGAAAUUUUGCCUUCUCCAAGUGGAAAAAGAGUCAUCCCCCGAGUGACUGAAGAGAUGAAAGCAGAGGCAGAAAAGAAAAUUAAAAAGAAAAUUAAGAGUGAAAAUACUGAAGGAAGCCCUCAAGAGGAAGGAAUGGAAGUAGAAAGCCUAAAACUGAGGCUGGAAAAGAAACAGAAAAGACAGCCAGUUACCAAGACAAAGAAACAAACUACAUUGCCUUUCAAACCAAUCAAGAAAGCAAAGAAAAGAAACCCCUGGUCUGAUUCAGAAUCAGACAUGAGCAGUAACGAAAGUAAUUUUGAUGUCCCCCCACGAGAAAAAGAGUCGCGGAGAGCAGCAGCAAAAACCAAAUUCACAAUGGAUUUGGAUUCAGAUGAAGAUUUUUCAGAUUUUGAUGAAGACACUCAAGAUGAUUUUGUCCCAUCAAAUGCUAGUCCACCUAAGAUCCAAACUUCCCCAAAACAUAGUAACAAAGAACUGAAGCCACUGAAGAGUGCCUCAUCAGAGCUUGAUGCUGAUGAUGCUGAGGAUAAUGUACCACCUCCUCCAAGCUCUCCUGCUGCUGACUUCCCAGCUGUAACUGAAACCAUAAACCCUGUUCCUAAAAAGAAUGUGACAGCAAAGAAGACAGCAGCAAAAAGUCAGUCUCCCACCUCCACUACAGGCGCCAAGAAAAGGGCUGCACCAAAAAGAACCAAAAAGGACCCAGACUUGGGUUCCGAUGUCUCUAAAAAGCCUAAUGCCCCCAAAACCAAGACUCGCCGCAAAAGGAAGGCAUCCUCCUCUGAUGAUUCGGACUCUAAUUUUGAGAAACUGAUCUCCAAAGCGGUCACAAGCAAGAAACCCAAGGAGGAAAGCGAUGAUUUCCAUCUGGACUUGGACUCAGCUGUGGGUUCUCGGGCAAAAUCUGGAAGAACAAAGAAACCUAUAAAGUACCUUGAAGAAUCAGAUGAAGAUGAUUUCUUUUAA